UGAACACAGACAUGUUGGUUGUUCAUAAAAAUGUUACUGGCUUUAAUUAAGAAAUGCUCAGUCUUCAUUUGAUGGGAUUUAAUGGUGUAUUGUAAAGUUCUUUCAGAUAGGUGUUCAUUAUCAAAAAAAGAGAUGGAAUUGUGUACUAUGUGGGUCAUCAUAUAUAUGUCCUUCUUACAUUUGGCAUUGUCAUUCAAUGUAAUACUUUAUCCGGACUCAAUCAUUACUAAUGUUGGCAAUAAUGCUGUCAAUUUUACCUGUACAAUACAGUUGGAUACCAAUGAAAAAACUGUUGAACAUUGGAUAAUAUGGUGGAAGGGCAACACCCCUAUUGUAGACAAUGAUAAUGUAUUGACAAGUUCUACCAAGUAUAGUGUUUAUGGCAUAUCAUCUGCUGCAAUGACGGAAUAUACACAAAUAUUGCAAGUUAAUAGUAUUGAAGAAGCUGACCAUGGUAUGUACUCAUGCACUUUGGUUUUCGCACCAUAUCCACCUGAAAAUACACAACCAUCUUUGUCAUCACAUGCUCCAAUUAUAAUACGUGACUUCAUUUCUCAGCCUAGCUGUUCCGCCACACCAAGUAAACAUGAAACUGGACAGCAACAGGUACUGUUAUGUGCAUGUUCUCCAAGUGAUCCUCCGAUGACACUGCAGUGGAUUAAUAAUAUGGGUGGUUCCUUGACAUCAGAAUCUCAGGUGCAAUUUAAUGAACUGUUGACAUCACAUACAGUUUCCAUUGUGUCUGAAUCAAGCAACCAGAUGUUCACAUGUAGAGCCACCAUUGUAGGAUCCACGGACACAAAAGAAUGUGUAAUUAGUAAUCCAAUUUCAACCACUAGUAUCGCAGUCACUCAAAAGCCAUCAGAACCAUUUGAUGAGAAAUCAACUCUAAUCCCUACUAAAACAACACACAAGGACAAAUCUCUUUCACCAUUUAUCUCAAAAAUUUUAUCAGAUACCCAAAAUGUUACAGAGCAAAUGAGAACAUAUCCUACAGCAAACGUGACUCAAGAAAUGUUAAUAUUUUCUGGUGACAAAAAAACUACUACAAUUACCAUUAUUGUAGUAGCUGGUGUAAUCUUUAUAACAGUUUUUAUAAUAUUAGUACUUCUAAAAAAGCGUUUAAAUAAAAGAAAAUAUGAAGAAAGUGAAUCGCCAGAAGAAGGAACUGACAUCCAUAAUGGAAAUCAGCUUACCAGUAUUGAGGUAGGAGAUGGUCAGUUAGAUGACCAGUGUUAUGCAUAUAAAAGUUCAGUGUUUGAAAGAGAUAAGGAUGAACCCGUUAAGUUUUAUGCAUCGUCUGAUCCCAAAAAUGUUGAGAAAAGUCACAAACCUGUGGCCAUGGACAAUAAUAAGAAAACCAAUAGAGCCAAUGGAGGCAAUGGUAUUUAUCCUUUAGAAUAUAAUGGAUAUAAAAAAGAAUCUAUAUCACCGAAUAUGGCAGAAGAACCUAGUAAAUUUAAGACUGAUGACAUGAAAGAUGCGGUGACACUAUUACAAAAUGAGGACACAAAUAGUGAUGCUCUUCUUAUGACAGAAAAUUAUAUGUAUGUGUCUGCAGAUGAGGUGACAACUCAGAGAAACACAGUAAGACCAACAACUUACAAUUUAGAUUUUCUGAUACAUAAACAAGUGGUUAAGAGAAGCUUAAAACAAACAAAAAAAAGCAUUUCUAUUUCAAUUUAUCUUUGGUGUGGAAUUUUGAAAAAAGAGAUGGAAUGUCGUAUUACGUCGGUCAUUUUAACAAUGAUGUCCAUUCAAACGGUUAUGUCAUAUAGCAUUACACUUUCCUCAGAAUCCAUCACUGCUGAAGUUGGAACUGAUUCAGUCAACUUCACCUGCAGAAUACAGUUGACAGAACAAGAAGCAAUGAUUUCACAUUGGAUAAUAUGGUGGAAGGAUAACAACAAAAUUGCAGACAAUGAUAUUGUACAUGUAAAUUCUGCCAAGUACAGUGUUCAUGGACUAUCAUCUGCUGCAAUGAUGGAAUACACACAAACUUUACAAGUUAAUAAUAUUGAAGAAACUGAUUAUGGCAAAUAUACAUGUACUUUGGUUUUAAAUCGACCUAAUAUGACAAGUACUUUAUCAGAUUCUACUAUACUUAUAAUAAGUAACUUUAUUUUUCAACCUGUCUGUUCCAUUAGUCCAAGUGAAUUUGAAACUGGACAGCAACAGUUGACAUUGAUCUGUACAACUUUACCAAGUGAUCCUCCAAUAGUACUUUACUGGAAUGAUAAUGAAGGUAAUAUAACUGCAAUAACACAACAGCAACAAAAUGAACCUGUGACAUUAUCAUAUACAGUUUCCGUUGAAUCUUUAUCAAGCAAUCUGAAGUUUACAUGUAGAGCUAAAAAUACAGUAUCAACAGACACAAAGGAAUGUGUUAUUGGCAAUCUGACUUCAAUGACAAUUACACCAACCACUAGCAUUACAAUUUCCCCAAAGCUAUCAGUGUCAGAGACAGUUGAUGAGAGAUCAACUGCAGUCCCAACUAAAACCACCAACAAGGCCAUAUCUCAUUCACCCAUUUCACUGAAUGUUACCGGUACAUCAAAUGUCACUAAACCAACAGCUACAGAACAAAAUAAUAUAACAACAUCCAUUAAUGUAGAAGCAGAGACAUCAUUACCACAUACGUAUAGUACAUCUGUAAAUGUGACUCCAGAAAUGUUAAGUCCUUCUAGUAAUAACAACACUGUAAUAAUCACCAUAUUUGCAAUCCUAGCUGGAGUAAUCCUUAUGACAGUCUUCAUAGCAAUGUUACUGCUUUUAAGAACACAUAUUGAAAAAAAGAAAAAUGAAGAGACUCAUUUCAAGAUGUGCGCAAGAGAGAAUUCAGUACACUCCAGUAGUGAGAUUGAAUAUCCAGAAGGAGAGACUGACAUGCAUAUAAAUGAAAACCAAGACCAUCGGCUUAUUACCAUUGAGUUUGGAGACGAUCAAUUAGGUUGUGCAAUGUAUAAAAAUUCAAUAUAUGAAACAAAUACGGAUGAUCCUGAUCCGUUUUAUGCAGCAGUCGGCAAGGGAAAUGUUGAAGAAAGUCAAGAAAAUGCUGCCACGGAUGAUCCUUAUAAAACCAAAGGUAUUUAUCCUUUAGAAGAUAAUCCAGAAUACAUGUCUAUUGAAGAAACAGCAUUGAAAAAAGAAACAGCAUUGAAAAAAGCAACUGCACCACCAAUUAAAGCAAAAAAAACCACAAAAUUUAAGGUUAAAAAUUAUCCUGCACCUAAUGGAGAAAUGUACGCACAAGUCGACAGGUCAUCAAUUUCAUCAUCUGAUAGACUGA